CGAGAUUUAGGGCUCCAAUCUCUUUUAUAUAAACCCGGCGUCCGUUUACAUCCUCGCCCGCCCCGGAUCAUGCAAUAACACACAACAACAGCCAUCCACAGCGCUCUGCCCAGGCAACACCAUUGCUCCCCCCUUUCAUCGCGUCGCAGAUCGCAUUUCCUACUCUAGCGGGUUCCCUAGCCAUGGCUACCGUACGCUCUUCCACUCUCUCCCCGCUAUUGCGGUCACAAUUCACAAAACCACUCACUGCAACAACAACGCCGACAUCAAUCCAAUCUCGAGCCUUCAACUUACCCUCCCUCUCCUCCUUCGCACCACAGCUCUCCACACCACCUCCGCGCUCCCUCUCCGCCACGCGAACCCUCUCAUUCCCACCCCUCCCGCUUUUCCGCAUCAUCUCCGCUGUUGAAUCAUACCGCGACUUCCUCCCUUUCCUUACCGCAUCCACCGUCACGGCUCGCGACCGCGCAACCGGCUAUCCCACCCAAGCCUACCUCACUGUCGGAUAUGGCCCUCUAAGCGAAACUUUCCAUUCCAAAGUCGAGUGCGACGAGGCGAAGUGGACGGUGGGCGCGCGGAGCGGAGACAUCGCAUUCCAGCGCAAGGGCGAGGAGGGCAAGGACGGCGGCCUGUUUGAGUAUCUGGAUACGAUAUGGAAACUGGAGCCGCUGGAAGGGAGAGCUGUGGGCAUGGAGAUGACGAGGGUGGAUUUGGCGGUGAAUUUCCGGUUUAGGAAUGCGAUGCAUGCGGCGAUGAUGAGUGCGGUGGAGAAUCAGGUUGCUGGGAUGAUGAUAGAGGCGUUUGAGAAGAGGGUGAUGGAUGUGGAGCGGCGGAAGUGAAACUUUUUCAUACGAAAAGUGUGAAGCGUGGGAAUUUUCGUGUCGUUAUAUCCAUAUUUUGCUGGGAGCUUUUUGGGAAAUUAGGGA